GGCCAAAAAGCAACCAUGUUCAUCCACAAUCCGUUUUUGAACGCAGGGUCGUCUCUAUUUGUGUCUGUCAACUCGACGAAUCAGUACGUCGCAACGGCUAGUAUCGAUGGAAACAUAUCAAUUCGGUCUGUCCGCAACAUAGCCGAGAUAUACAGACAACCGUCCCCGAAAUCAAAUGAAAAUGGAGGUCAGAAGGAUUUGGCUCCAACCGAAGAUCCCACAAGGACAGAAAAUGAUCUCAAUGGCGCAGAAUCAAAACCCAAACCAGAGAUUGCCGAAAAUACGACACACAGUGUCCCCUAUACAAGCACAUCCAAAUACACAAAACCUCUCCACGAAGUGUCAAAGACCCCUGAGCUUGAUUCAUUUCGAAUUACAAAUGCACAACGAGUUUUGAAUAUAGUGGGUGUUAGAAGCAGAAGUAAAAUAACAUCUUUAAGAUAUGCUAACCUUUCGACAAACGCAAAUCUAUUGGCAGCUGUGUAUAAGAAUGGUGAGGUGUACAUUGUUACAAACCCACAAGAUGUAAAUAAGUGCCGAAUACAACAAAUCUUCAAGCACGUAAACGGGCUGCUGUUGGACUUCUCAUGGUCCGCAGAUGAUCAGUUGAUGGCUUUUACAUCCAUGAACAAUGAGGUGAUUAUCUACGACGUGAUCUACGGAAAAAUUAUCUCCAAUUUACAUUUACAUGAAAAUACCGAGGUAAUAAAUUCAAAGGAUGGAACUACUGAAGAGAUAAGUAUUCCAGUGAAAGGUGUCGCAUUUGAUAAAACACAAAACUGUUUUCUAGUUACCUUAGGUGACGACAGAGCCCUGAAAAUCGUCAAAUACAAACUAGUAACUGAUGAAAUUUUGGGAAGAAAAAUAGAGUAUUCAAUCGUGAAAGAGUUUGAUGGAAUAAUAAACAGCGCCAAGUUGAACAAGGCUACUAUCAAGAAGCUGUCAUUUUCUCCAGAUGAUGUACUAAUCUCUUGUCCAAAUACGUCAAAGAGUAGAACUAUGAAAGUUACGUUGGUUUCAAAAGAUCCAAGCAGUGACAGCUGGAAGAUAUCAAACCAAUUAGUGGCACAUGGCUAUAAGUCUUUCAUGACAAUAUUCUCGCCCUGUGUAUAUAGAAAUGAGAAGAAUGAAGUAUUUUACGUUUUGGCAUCACUAUCAACCGAUUCUGCAUUAUCCAUCUGGCGAACUGACAUGGACAUACCAGUUUAUGCUGUAACGGACUUAGCUCCAUCGAUUUUGGAUUUUUGUUGGAGCUCGGAUGGCUCGAUGAUAUUCUUGACACCUCAAAAUGGCAGCAUGAUAGUGGCCGUCUUCAAGGAAAAUGAAUUCGGAAUUCCACUUUACCAAAACAACGAACUAACGUUAGACUUGCAUAAGAAAACAAGAGAACUAUUACCAAUAGAAUUUGAAAAAAUGACAAAAUGGAGAUCUUUUAUGAAUGACCACCCUCAACUUGUCAAAGAGAAAGAACAAGAGAUUCUCGACGCUGAGCUGAGAAAAAUAAAAGUAAAGCCAGCAGAAAUCAAACCGUUAUCGGCCACUCCUAUCGAGCAGCCCAAAGUAAAAGGGGAAACUUCUCCUACUAUUAAUGACAAAAAGGAAAAGGUAAAAGAGAAGGAUACAGCUGAAGUUAAAAACAAUGAUUUAGAUAAAGAAAAGAAGAAUGAAAAAGAGAAAGUCAAAGAAACGAAUAGCGAUGAAAUGACAAAAGAAGAACCAAGACAAAACACUCCAAUAAAGGACAAAAGCCCUAAAAGCAAAAUACCUGACGAUCAAGCAGCAGAUCAAGAAAAGUCAAAAAAAGAUGCUAAGGAAGUCAAACCAAGUAAUACUUCUCCUCAAAAGAGUAACAAGAACACUCAAGGAAAAGCCGAUGGCGAAAAUUCCAAGAAGAGGCCUGCUUCGACAUCGAAUUAUGAUCUGCCAUCAAAUUCUGUUCCGAAAGAUUUAAACUCUAAAGUAGUUAAGAUGAUGAAAAAAGAUCUAGGACAAUCGGCAACUAACCCUAAUAGCAAUUCUAACAACACUGGAAAAAAGAAGAGAGAUGCAGAACCAGUUGACUUUGUUGGUGCUGUAGCCGUUAAUCCUCAGAUCUCUUUUAGUAACAUCCGUAUUGCAAUUCCAAAACUGAGGACGAAAAUUUCAUACAGAAUACCGGAUGAUAAAACUUACCAUCUAACUGUGCGAAAUGGUAAUGGAUUUGAAUCACAACCUACCAGAAUAUCUUUGUCAAAAGAGGUCUCCAAAAUGGACAGCAAACAGAUUUUUGUGGAUUUUUUGCCUCAUAAAAUUCACAUUGUGUCUGGGUCAUUUCGAUUUUGGGCUUUGUCAACGCCAACCGGGCAAGUUUUAACAUAUACAGAGUCUGGGCGGAGAGUUUUACCAGCUAUAGUACUAGGUUCUCCACUAUCAUUUUUGGAAAUGAAAAACCAGUUUUUGUUGGCCGUAACGUGCACAGGAGAACUAUACGUGUGGGAUCUCGACAAAAAAAUCUCAAUAUUCAAACCUGUAUCACUAUAUCCAUUAUUACAACCCAUCUACUCUUCUGGGAAGUCUUCUUCAGCUAGCGCAUCUGCUGUUGCUGCAUCUGCUGAUAACAAUGAGAGUGGCGGGGGAAACAUCAACGUGAACAUGGAAGCUAAUGGGUUAGUUUUUGUUAAUGGUGAGUUAUUAACCAGAAGUGAAAAUCUUACCAUAUGUUCUAUCACAGCCCAGGGAAUUCCAAUAGUUACUCUCAGCAACGGCAAUGGAUAUUUGUUCAACAAAGACAUGAACACCUGGUCUUUAAUUAGCGAUUCCUGGUGGGCAUUUGGUUCUCAAUACUGGGACAGUUCAAUGUCUGUCGAUUCUUUAAAAAAUAUGGGUCUUUUAGAAUUUAUGGAAUCACAUACCAAUGAUGAAAUCAAUCGUAGAGGUAAAGCUAAAUUUUUCUCAAAGAUUUCGAAGAUGAUGCUUAUGAGAGAAGGAUAUGAAAACUUGGAAACGAUUAUAUCUUUGAAUCAUCUUGAAAAUAAGAUAAACUUCUACCUCUACCUGAAAGAUUAUAGUAACUAUAAGAUGUUUCUUAUUGUUUAUGCAAAAAGAUUGAGCGAAUUGAAUUUGAAGAACCGGCUACUAGAAAUUUUGCAGUCUUUGUUUAUAGACAGAAAUGGUAAGAUAUGCGGACAUUCAAAAAAGGAGCUUUUGGAGGAGCUUCUUCUCAGUUGCUCAAAGCAUAGGGAAGUUCAACACAUAUUGGUGCAAUAUAGUGAAUCAAUUGGCCUACUACCAGAAGCAGAUGAUUCCGACAUUGAUAUAUUGUGAAUAGAGAAAUGUCAAUUUGUAUAAUUCAUUUGUAAUUACAAGAUAAUCAGAUUUACUGUUUAAAUAUUUGCAUGUAAAAGUAAUAGUGUUCAACAAUAUUUCUUUAAUAAUGUCCCAUCCCGACCAGUCUCAUGACAUCCUUAAGCGUUUCAUUCGCAACACUUCUGGCUUUAUCAGUGCCUCGCUGACUCCAUCUCUCCAAUAAUUCCGGAUUGGCAAUGAGUUCUUUAAACUUUCUGGCAGGUU